AUGGGGUUCCGGCGCAUUGGCUCGAGCUCGUUCUUCUGCUUAACAAAGAAUCCAGGUCAUGCCUCUCACUACCUGCUGCCACGAGAUGACUAUACACGCCCUGCCGCUCUAGAAGCGUCUGCUCGUGCAGAGGGUCAAGACUUCCCACUCAUGGAUCCUGUUUACGACCCGAACGCUUGGGAACAGAAGAAGUACAACGAUGCUGAAACAAAGGAGCUGCUGGAGGCUCGCCUUCAGUCUUACCCUGGGACGGACCCCACAUGGAUUUCUUCUGAUAGACAUAACAACAACAUACUGCACGUCUUGGCUCGGACAGCCAAGUCGAGUCGCUUGCUUGGGCUCUUAGCCUACCUUUUGCUGAUAACCUACGAUCGGCUCGCAACCUUGAAGGAGAGACACCGUUGGAUGCAUUGA